AUGGCGGCCUACUCGCUGCACAAGCGCCGGUUGGCUACGCUCAACCGCGAUGCAAAUGCUGCCUGGGGUGCUGCGCUGCAACGCUCUUCAAAUCCGUCUGCUCCGCAGGAUGCUUUCUUGGAUUCAGCCAAUGACGGGCUGCCCGUGGCCAAGCGCCCUCUAGCUGCCAACUUUAUCGAGCCCCCGGUGUCGAUCGAUGCCAUUAGACACGACCAGGCAACGGUCAAAGCUAGUGCAACACCAAACAGUGCACAGGCAGAUGCGGCCGCUGCGACUCCCACCAGCACGCAACCUUCCAUCCCCAAUAGCAAAGCAGGAGGGCCGCGCAACGCCUUUGACAUCCUUUUGCGCCGGCAGCCCCCGCCAGCGUCUGUGGUGACCCCACUUCGAGGAUCUUCGGCGUCACGCCGCGACAAAGCCCGUGAGCGCCAUCGUGCCCCGAGCACCCCAGCACGUACCACGGAGCUCGUUUUGGACCUUGGGCAGCGUGCUUUGAACAAGACCGAGUGCUCGCUCUGUCGUAUGCUUUAUUUUCCUGGCCAGGCAGCCGAUGAAAAGCUUCAUCGGUCGCGUCACGAUGCAUUUGUCAAUGGUGUCAAGUGGCGCGUUGCCGUCGACGACGAGCGAGUUUUGUGGGGUGCCGAGGGUGGCCCCGGCGGUGCCCUCAUUCUUGGACUGACUGCUGAUCAACUCACACAUUCCUCCAAGGACGACAACAUAAUGAUGCUCGCAACCACAAGGACCCUCUGCCUGGCUCUGGCGGCUGCCGUUCUGGUCGCCGCCAGCGCCGAUGUCACGCCUUGGAUGAAUCUGCAGGAUGAUCCUGAAUCGCGUGCCCACGCACUCCUCGCGCAAAUGACGCUGGCCGAGAAGGUCACCAUGUUGCACGGCCAUACCGAGGGCAACUACUCGGGUAACGUCCCAGCCAUCACGCGCCUCAACAUCCCAGCCCUUAACCUCAAUGACGGCCCGCAAGGCUUUCGUGCCCCCGAAAAGCUGAGCGGCACUAGCACUGGCUUUCCCUCCAUUCUGACCCUGGGUGCCACCUGGGAUCCGGACAUGGCCGCUGCAUACGGCACUGCCAUCGGCGAAGAGUUUGCGGGCAAGGGUGCCAACGUUUACUUGGGUCCUGGACUCAACGUGGCCCGUGUGCCCCUCUGCGGCCGCAACUUUGAGCAAGUGUCGCCCAGCCCGUUUCCUCAUCAUGUUCUCUUGUCUCUUGUGUUCAUAACGCCGUGCAAGCCAAAAAUGUCAUUGCCAAUGCCAAGCACUGGAUCAACAACAACCAGGUUUGUAGCACAAGAGUCCUGCCGUCCCAAACUUUUUUUUGUGGAUAAUAUCUUUCUGGGCUCAGAAUCAGUCCACCCUAAAUCCAAAGGGGUGCAACGAGGCCAGACGCUUUGCCCCAGUCAAGCGUCCGGCUGGCUGUAUGACCUAAUUCGUCAUCCACUGCUUCCUUUCCAGGAAAUCAACCGCGAUCGCGUUAGCGCCAACGUGGACGAGCGCACGCGUUUCGAGAUGUACUACCCGCCCUUUGAAGGCGCCAUCAAAGCCGGCGUCGGCUCCAUCAUGUGCAGUUACAAUCGCAUCAAUCACGUGUACUCGUGUGAGAACAAUGAGACCCUCGGCAUCGACUUGCGUCAGCGCUUGCUCGGCUCCCAGCGCGCCUGGGUCGUCAGUGACUGGCUGGCCACACACUCCACAUCUCUGGUUGAAGGGCUGGACCAAGAAAUGCCCUAUGGCUUGUUCUUCGACUCGCUGCUCGAGCUGGACUUGGACCUGGACCUGCACAAUGUCACCGUGGCCGCCAUUGAUAAUGCUGUUCUCAACAUCCUGACGCCCAUGUUUGCCGUUGGUCUGUUUGACCACCCGCUGAACGGCACCGUCGAGGCCAACGUGACCAGCCCCGCGCACAACACGGUAGCUCGCAAGGUGGCUGCGGCAGCCACAGUCUUGCUCAAAAACGACGCAGGCCUGCUUCCCCUCAACGCCACCCAACCCAUGACCAUUGGUGUCUUUGGCAUCCAAGGCGAUGCAGAAACAUGGGCCCAUGGCGGGGGCUCUGGAUCGGUCACGCCGCCAUACAUUAUCACACCUUUUCAGGGUGUGCUGGACGCCCUUGGCAUUCAGCGACCGGCAGGCCACACUGGCCAGGAGGACGCACCAGUUGGGCCAUUUUGCAACGCCCACCAGCAGUGUGUGACUUACUACGAGGGUCAGAAUGAUACAAUCACCGAGGCGCUGGCGGAGGCAGUGGACGUGGCUCUGGUGGCCGUAGGUACAGCCUCGGGCGAGCUGCUGGAUCGUGUUCACCUGGGUCUGGGUCGGGGGCAGGACGAAUUGACCACGUUGGUGGCGAGCCACAACCGCAACACGGUGGUGCACGUGACCUGUCCGGGUGCCGUGCUAACUCCGUGGCGCAACGACGUGUCGGCCAUCUUGGUGGGGUUCAUGGGCGGGCAAGAGCUUGGCCAUGCCAUGGCCGAUGUGGUGUUUGGUCACGUAAAUCCCUCGGGGCGCCUGCCUGUGACCUUUCCCAACGUGGACAACGAAGUGGGCUUUGCGGAGCGCCAGUAUCCUGGAAUCGAGGACCACCUGCAGACUUACUAUGACGAAGGCCUCGAGGUCGGCUACCGCUGGUAUGAUGCACACGGCGUGACCCCAGCCUUUCCUUUUGGACACGGUCUCAGCUACACGAGCUUCAACUACUCGGAUCUCACCGCCAACAGCACGGGCGUCUCAGUGCGCAUUGCCAACACGGGCUCCGUGGCGGGUGCGGAGAUUGUGCAGCUCUAUCUCGGCUUUCCCAGCAGUGCGGGCGAGCCACCGCUGCAGCUCAAGGGCUUUGCCAAGGCCAUGCUGGCACCGGGAGCCACAACAACAGUGCAUCUCCCACUGACAGAUCGGGACCUUUCCAUUUGGGAUGUCCAGGACCAUGCCUGGUCCAAGGUGCCGGGCACCUUCCAAGUCCAAAUUGGCAGCUCCUCGCGCGACGUCCGUCUCGCCGGCUCCAUUACCGUUUCCCAAUAGAUCUCGUAGUAGAAGCCACCGUUCACGGUAGAUGAGAGUAACCUGAUGUGUUGACACUCUAUCAAGGCUGGAUGCUGACCGUCGUUGUGUGUCUGAUGGACGUUGGUGCAAAGUACUGCCAUUGCCAUUGUGCGCCUCCAUCUCCGUGCGCUGUUCCGCCCGCCCGACUGACAUAUCU